GUGGCAGCAGACCAGCCUGAAAAAAUAAUGCACUCCUUAAUCUACCUUCUCUCGCUCCUAUAUUAUACUCGUCCGGGACACGCAUGGGUGGCGAGUAACUUUCUCAUGACGGGACCGAAGGCCUAUCUCACCUACGCCGGGAGCGUACAGGCCGGCACGCAGAGUGGGAUCGACGAGUGCAAGCACCAGUUCACGUGGGACAGAUGGAACUGCCCCGACAGCGCAGUGCAGAUUAAAGGGCUGAGAAGAGCCACUAGAGAGACUUCAUUCGUUCACGCCAUCAGCGCUGCGGGUGUCAUGUACACUCUAACGAGGAACUGCAGUAUGGGAGACUUGGACAACUGUGGCUGUGACGUUUCAAAGAACGGAAAAAUCGGAGGACGUGGAUGGUUGUGGGGAGGCUGCAGUGACAACUUGGAGUUUGGUGAGAGAAUCUCCAAACAGUAUGUAGAUGCCCAAGAGACGGGUCAGGACUCGAGGGCAGCUGUCAAUCUGCACAACAACGAAGCCGGUCGAUUAGCAGUGAAAGCCACCAUGAAACGCAUCUGUCGGUGCCAUGGCAUGUCUGAGAGCUGCAGCCUCAAAACCUGUUGGGCACAAGUGUCGGAUUUUAGGGAGAUCGGCAACUAUCUGAAGGUCAAGCACAGUCAGGCUCAAAAGCUGGACAUCGACAAAAAGCGACUGAAGGCUGGGAACAGUGCAGACAACAGGGGUGGUAUCGUGGACGCGUUCAGCAGCAUCUCCCCGACCGACCUCAUCUACCUGGAGGACUCUCCGGACUACUGCCGCAAGAACACCAGCUUGGGUCUAUAUGGGACCGAGGGUCGGGAAUGUGUGCAGCAUGGAGAUGGUCUGACCCAGUGGGAGAGGCGCAGCUGCCGCAGACUCUGCCACGAAUGUGGGCUGAAGGUGGAAGAGAGGCGGACAGAGGUGGUGAGCAGCUGCAACUGCAAGUUCCACUGGUGCUGCAGGGUGAACUGUGACGACUGCUCUCAGGUGAUCGUCAAACACGUGUGUGCACGGAGGGAAGGAGGCGAGUCGCAGAGCUACAGACGCAGAAACAGGGGACAGAAAAACAACCACAGUGGACAAAGAUAAUAAACUUAGUCUCCGUCUAAAAAUAGCUUGAACAUAAUUGGCUUUUUAUGGCAAUGAAGAAAAAGAAAAGAAAGAGUGUACAUUAAAUUGAAACAUAGUCCACAUUUUUUAAAUACUUCAGUUCUGGAAAGAGGAAUACAAGAAAAAAAAAAAGAAUUUAUGCAGCAGGGAAAGUUCAGUAAAAUUUUGACAAGCCAUGUUUUACACACAACAGUUUUGAUUUUUAUCUGUUUCCUUGGUUUGUAUUAGCGGUAUGUAACCUUUAUUUUGAAAGGUAAAGUGGAAACAAGUUGAAGCAGAAUAUAAGUAACAUCUGCUGGACUGGAUUCAAGGGCAACAUGACAAAAUCCUGGAAUGGUAGACUUGAGGAUUCUACUUCUUCUGAAGGCAUCUUUCACUGUGACCACUGCCAGAUAAAAUGCGGAAAUUCCAACUAACAUGUACAGAAUGUGAUUUGAAAUGAUGAGUAAGACUAUAACUUUUGUAAGAUACAUUUUGUGAGUUUCAAAGUAGCAGGUGAAAAUGUAAGAUAAGUUUGUGUUUUGUUUGUUUUGCACUUGUAUGUUUCAAUGUCGUCUGUCUAUUUAUGAUGCGAGCCAUCAUUGUGAAUCAUCUAA